AUGACAAAUAACGAUAAAGAGAAGCAACCACUUUUGUCAUCAAUUAAUAAUGAAGACGAUAAUGGUGCCACUAUAAAUAUUGUCGAGCCAGUGCCAUGGUACUCAAAUAUACCACAAAAAAUUAAAAACUCUAUGAGUAAAGAAACAAUCACAAUUUUAAUUUAUGUAGUUUUAUAUGUUACCUCUGGUGUAAUCAAUAGUGUUUUAUUAAAAAAAGUUAUGAACAAAUUUACAAAUUAUGCAUUUUUCCUUAGUCAAUUGACAAAUUUUGGUUAUGUACCAAUUUUUGGAGCAGUAACAGCAUAUAAGAUUUUCUUUACAAAGGAUAUCCCGCAAGAAACAAGAGAUUUCCCAACACGUAAAUUUGCAAUUAUGGGUGCAUUGGAUGCAAUUACAGGUUUCUUUGUAGUUAUUGGUGGUGUUUCAACAUCAGGUCCAUUACAACAAUUAUUGAAUCAAGCUAUCAUUCCAUUUACAAUGAUUGCCUCCUUCAUUUUCUUAAAGGAACGUUAUUCAUUAAUUCAAUUGGGUGGUGCUUUGGUUAUUAUUGGUGGUGUUGUCACCUCUUUAAUUCCUUCUUUACUUGGUGGUUCUUCAGGUGGUAAUAAACCAUUUUGGAAUUUCUUUUAUUUAUUAUCUGUAAUUCCUGGUGCACUUUCAAAUGUUUAUAAAGAUAUUGGUUUCCAAGCAGUUGCAGAUAUGGAUGUUUGGUAUUUACAAUAUUGGGAUUCAUUAUAUCAAUCAAUUUUUGGUCUUUUCCUUUUCCCAGUUAAUAAUUGGUUACCACCACCAGCUACUGUUAAAUUUGAACAAAUUUUACCAUUUAUGAAAGAAGGUGCAGAAUGUUUAGCUGGUAUUAAUUCAAUUAUACCAUCAUAUAUUAAUGGAACAUCAUCAUUUACAGCAACUUCAUGUACUUAUGCACCAGAUGCAACCAUUACUUGUGAUGAUUGUCAUAAUGCAUGGAUUGUUAUUAUUUUAUAUAUGACUAUCAAUAUCAUUUAUAAUAUUUUCAUUUUGUUAGUAUUGAAACAUGCAGGUGCAACCGUUUAUUCAAUUGCCAAUACCCUUCGUUUACCAUUGACCAAUAUUGUUUUCUCAAUUCAUUUCAUUAUGGGCUCUGCUGUAUCUCCAUUCUCUGGAUUGUCCGUUGCGGGUCUAGUCAUUAUUUUAGUGGGUCUAGGUGGUUAUCGUGUUGGUUCAAUGAUCAAACAAAAGAAAGCUGCUGCCGCUGGUGGUGCUAUUAAAGUUAUACCAUCGUAUGGACCUGCAGGUAUGGAUAAUAUUAUACCAGUUCAAAAAGAAUAUAUUGAACCAAAGAGUCAAGCUCACUUAAGAAAUCAAUUCUUUGGUAAAUUAGGUAUCAAUGUUCCUGAGGCAAGAUAUAGAGCUGCUAAUAAUAAUAAUUAUGGUGAUGCUUAA